AUGGAUGAAGCUGGCUUAAAAGAAAUUAUUUUAUCGCCUGAAGAAAAGGCCAAAAAAUUACAAGAAUUAUUGAAAUUAUUGCAGUUGAAUAAUGGUGAUAUCACAAAACUUACUCAACAACAAAGAAAGGAAAUGAAAGACUACAAAUUUUGGAGUACUCAACCAGUUCCAAGCUUUGACGAAAAAGUUAGUGCUGAAGGUGCAAUUGAUAAAAUUAAGACUCCAGCUGAUAUUCCUGAUGAACCAUUGCCAAUGGUAGCCGAUUUUGAAUGGUCCACUAUAGAUGUGGAUGAUGCUAAGGACUUAGAAGAUGUUUUUGUUUUAUUAAAUGAAAAUUACGUCGAAGAUCGUGAUGCUGAAUUUAGAUUUAAUUAUUCCAAGGAAUUUUUCAAUUGGGCUUUAAAGAGUCCAGGAUGGAGAAAAGAUUGGAAUGUUGGUGUUAGAGUUAAAUCUACAGGAAAAUUAGUCGCUUUCAUUUCUGCUAUACCAGUUCAUUUAAAUGUCAGAGAAAAGUCUAUCAAAAGUGUAGAGAUUAAUUUCUUAUGUGUUCAUAAACAAUUAAGAUCAAAGAGACUGACUCCAGUGUUAAUUAAAGAAAUUACAAGAAGAGUAAACAAACAAGACAUUUGGCAAGCUUUGUAUACAGCUGGUAUUGUACUACCUUCUCCACUUAGUGUAUGUAGAUACACUCAUCGUCCAUUGAAUUGGGCAAAAUUAAACGAAGUUGGAUUUACACCAUUACCACCAAAUUCGACAAAGACUGAAAUGGUUGCCAAAUACACAUUACCAAAGAAAACCACUUUGAAAGGUUUAAGACCGCUAGAAGAAAAAGAUAUUGAUGAAACUUUAGAACUUCUAACUAAAUAUCAAAAGAGAUUUGAUUUAACUCAAGUAUUUACUAGAGAAGAAUUUGAACAUUGGUUUUUAGCUGAUGCACACCAUAAAACAUUGCCAUACAAAAAUAAAGUCAUAUUCUCUUAUGUUCUUGAAAAUAAUGAGGGGAAAAUUACUGAUUUCUUCUCCUUCUACUCUUUACCAUUUUCAAUUCUAAAUAAUCCAACUUACAAAGAAUUAGGAGUUGGUUACUUGUUUUAUUAUGCCUCUGAUGCGGAUUUUGCAUAUAAUGAUAGAUUUAAUGAGGAAGCCACUUCUGCUUUAAAGAAGAGACUUGUCAAAUUGAUGAAUGAAGCCUGUAUACUUGCUAAUAAUGCAGGCCUGGAUGUUUUCAAUGCCUUAUCUUCUCAAGAUAAUAAUCUAUUUUUAGAUGAUUUGAAAUUUGGUUUGGGUGAUGGGUUAUUAAAUUUCUAUUUAUUCAAUUACAAAGCUUUCCCAAUUGAAGGUGGUCUAAAUGAAGACCACUCUCUUGAUGUUAGCAAACGUAGUAACGUUGGUGUUGUCAUGCUAUAA